AGCCGUUAGGCCUAUCCCACAUAUGUGUCUUAGUACUGUUUAGCGCUGGGUCUUCUGGGGGUUGAGACUUUACUGUAAUUCAGUUUGUGGACCAUUGUGUCCUCUGUGUUUGCCUAAGUGAACAACAGAGACAUGGCUACAGGGAGGUUAACAGGGUGUCGGUAUUCACCAAGGACUUACACCUUCUUUAGAGAGAUGUCCUCAGAUGAAGAGUUAUCAACCAGUCCUGUUCUGCCCAAGGACUCUGAUCCAGGCAGCUCUGUCUCCUCUGACCUUCAGGAAGAGUAUGAGGAGCUCCUCCGCUAUGCUGUGGUCACCCCUAAGCUUGACAGAGUCACCAGUGCUCACUUGCAGCGGCUGAGCACCUCACAUCCGUCUGCAGAGGGUCGGACUUCCCAGAGAAAAGAUGACACAAAAUCACUGCGCCCAGCAGAUACUGCCACUGAAGCUCAAGAUGGGAGGCAUUCUAGCAGGAGUCUGAGAUCGUCACAGGUCUCCCCCUUGAUUGUUGAGCCCUCCACACGCUCAAGAGCCUCUCAUGCUGAGGAGACGGCAGGUCGGUCAUCUAGCAGGGCGUCGGUGCUCUCGAAAGCUCCCUCAGACAGGUUACAGAUGGUGUCUCAGAGGUCUAGGCCAAACAGCCCACACCCCCUCGAGUUCGAUGUGACAGAGAUGUUUAUCUCGGAGGAGAACAUAAGCAAGAUGGAGAACAUUCUGGACACGUGGAGCAACAACCUGAAGUCAAAUGUGCUGACUGAGCUCAGGAAGUGGAAGCUGGCCUCGAUGGAGCAACACAAACUGGAGAUAAGGAAAGAGAGGGAGAGGUAUGCAGCCCAGACAGCUGGCCUGAGGUCAGAGCUGGACAGCCUGAAGGGGCUGCUUAACACCUAUGAGACUUCAAACCAGAGAAAAGAUGAGGUGAUUGGGAAUAUGAGCCACGUGCUGGACAGACAAAAAGAGAAGCAUGAAAAGAUGAAGGCCUUCACCCGCUGGAGACUUCAGCACACUGAGGCCAAAGAAGAGGCUCAUGCUGCUCAGGUAGCGCGGCAGCACUACAAUUUCCAGCUGAAGAAGAAGGUGUGGUUGGGCUGGCAGUCUCUGAUCCAGAAACACUGGAAGGUCAAGGUGGAGCGGGCAUGCCGUGCGAGGGCCGAAGAGGUCUGCACCCGCCUGUCUACAGAGUAUGAGGCCAAGCUGGCAGAGCACUGUGAGGAUUUAGAGAAGGCCCAGGCAGAGAUUCAGAGACUACGACUAGAGCGAGAGCGCUAUGAAGAAUCUAUGAAGAAAGCCUUCAUGAGGGGCGUGUGUGCUCUCAACAUGGAGGCUCUCGGCAUGUUCAACACUACAGAGGGACGGCCAGAGCAACCUCCAGUUCACCAUCAGCAUGAUAUUCUGCAUCCCCAGGAUGAGCCUGUUUCUGCUACACUGCCUCAUCAUCAACCAUAUCCCAUCUCUACCACACGGUUCAGCCCAGUCCACUUUGACCGCCCGGACCCUUCCCACAGCGAAGUAGACGAUAUGGUGGGCUUUGGUGCCUCCAUGUCCAGGGCAGAAGUGAUCCCUCCCACUACAGUGGUGCACAGCUCCCUCCCACCUGGGGGCGCUGCAAGUUCCCACAAACAGGUGAGCAGCCGUGUCGUCACAGCCAGUCAACAAAAACCCUCAAAGACCGUAACGGCUCGCAUCACUGCACGGAAUGACGUCGGUAAGGCGGCACGCAGCAACCUUCAGGUGAUGGGUGUGGCUCCUCCCAUGAGCUCUGUGAUAGUUGAACGCCAUCAUCCUGUUACACAGCUCACUAUUGGUCAGGCCACGGCUUCCAAGUUUCCCCGCUCCUCCCAACAGGUCCAAAGCUCCACAGGAGGAAGAAGCUCCUCCAGAACACACGCCAGCACGUGCCAUGUACACUCCAUCAAAGUAGUUGACUGACCACACACACACACAGACAAACACACAUCUAACAGAAAGUGUUGCUCACCUAGUCUAGAUUUAAAAUGUAACACGUCCUAUGCAACAAUCCUAGAAAUAGCUGGCGUGGCAUUAGUUUACAAGUCCGUUUUAUUGUGAUAUCUUGGAGUGAAUUUGCCCUUGCUCUCUGCAUAUGAAGUGAACAUUAGAUUUUUUUCAGCUUCCUUUCAUGAAUGUGCACGACUUCUUGAGCAAUAUGAUUUUUCUCAGGAAAAUACACAGAUGCAGGUGUUUAGAACUGCACAUGUUAAUGUUUUUAAUUAUUACCAGCUGGACACAUUUUAGAAUUGCAAAAUGGACAUUUAUUUCUAUGAAAAAGUUUAACUUUAAAUUAUGCACAGGUGAGCCUGUACUGUAACACUGUACACAUAUUUUUAAGUAUUUAUUUUAGUGAAGUUUUCUAUUGAGACAGACCGUCCAACACCACAGGUUGUUUGCUUUACUAAACCAAAGCCAUAUGUUAAUGAUCUGAUGCACAAUUUUAUUUUUAAAAUAAAUAAUUUUACUGCUAACUUCCUGUACAGAGCAGUAGUUGAAAAUGACAUGACGUUUUUGUGAGUCCAUAUGUUGCACUGUUCAUCCUCAUACAAUGCUGCAGUGCUUACUGCUGGAACUCUCCGACUCCAUCCGAAUCAUAUCUGUAAGACAAAUUAACAUUUUCUGCAAUAAAACUUUGGCACAUAUCC